AUGUUGUUAAAAAGACAUCGCUCGAGUGAUCAAAACAAAACAGUAAAAAGACAUCGUCGCUCCAGUGAGGCAUUGCUGCUACCACUCCAUGUUGUAGAGCUCAUCCUCGAGAGGCUUCCUGUGAAAUCUCUCCUAAGAUUCAAAUCUGUGNCAAUCGAGUCCCGGUGUUUCCAAGACAAACAGUUUCUCCGGCGUAAGCAAUCAGGAAGUCCAGAUGUCCUUUGCGUAUCCAUUGGUGAUGGUUAUUAUAAUAUUAAUAAUAAUGUUUUGUUGGGGUCUUCCGUAGUUUCUAAGGUCAGGCUCCCUAUUUCAAACAUAAUGCUCUGCCGUGGUAGUUGUGACGGUCUUCUAUGCAGUUACUGUUCUCACACUCCUAGUGUCGUGAUCAAUCCCGCCACGAGAUGGCAACGAAGUUUUCCUCUUUCCAACUACCAACAGCUCUGCAUCGACAUGUUCGAAAAAAAGCAGUAUGGCUACCCAAUGCAUAAUCUUGGAUUUGGCAAAGACAAGUUCAGGGGAACUUACAAGCCGGUAUGGUUGUAUAAUUCAUCCGAAUUUGGACAAGAAAACGUUACAACUUGUGAAGUUUUCGAUUUUAGCACAAACGCUUGGAGGUAUGUUGUCCCUGCUUCUCCUUAUAGGAUAAAUUAUGACAGUUCUCCUGUGCAUUUAGAUGGGUCACUAUACUGGCUCACCCUUUGCGAAGAAACUAAGGUGUUAUUUUUCGAUCUUCACACGGAAACUUUUCAAGUCAUCUGUAAAGCUCCCUUUCCCCGCUCAAGUGAACCUUUAAGUUAUCGAAACUACAUCAUGUGCAUCCUCGACAAUCGCUUGUGCGUAUCCGACAACAAGGGGCCAACCCAUGUGAUAUGGUCGUUAGAUUCUUCAGGCGGCAACAAGACAUGGAAGAAACUGUGUUCCAUAGAUUACGUAAAAACUUUGUUUGGGGAGAAACCCUUCCCCCCGAUGCUCCCGUUGGCACCAAUUGAAAUUCUGGAGGAGAAUAAGUUAUUGCUUCAAGAUAGUGGUUCCUUGGUGAUGCAUGAUCUCCAUACCAAAUCUUAUGAUUCAGUACUCUUAGAACCUGAACCCAUUAUUGAAUAUCCUGUUUCUUAUUUUCAAAGUUUAUUUUCUGUUUCAUCAAACUAA